AUGAGUCACAUUGAAGACAUCUUGUUGAGGGACGAGAACACUCAACUGCACCAGCAGGUUGCUGCGAUGACUACGGAGCUGGAGAGUGUGCGAACUUCCUCCUGCCAUUCCAGCAGGUCGGGUAAUACCUCAGGCAGUCUAUCACCAUCGUCGAAGGAGAAGCGUCCUGCUCGAAGACCGCCGCAACGCCUGGCGCAAGAAGAACGAGAAGUUGAUUGGCUUAGAAAAUUGAAGGGGGAUAUCCAGGAAUUCACAGGGAAUGAAACCCCUGAUGAAGUCGUCGACUGGUUGGCAUUAGUAAAUGAAGUUUUCUAUGCUAGAUCAGUACCAGAGGACAAACAGACCACUGCAUUAUGCACUGUUGUAUGUAAGGUUGUUACAAAAAUUAUUGCCUCAAGAUUGAAGUCUAUUCUGGAUGACAUUGUAUCCUCCUAUCAAUCUGCUUUCAUUCCUAAGAAGGCAAUUUCAGAUAAUGUAUUGAUUGCUCAUGAGCUUUUCCACUAUAUUAACAAAAUGAAGAAGGGAAAGAAGAAAUUAGUGGCUUUAAAACUUGAUAUGAAGAAAGCAUAUGACAGGUUGGAGUGGCCUUUUAUUGAACAUAUGCUCCUGAAGUUGGCUUUUUCUUCACAUUGGGUUAAAAUGGUUAUGGCCUGCUUAUCAUCUGUUUCCUAUCAGAUUCUUAUUAAUGGAGCACCAAGGGGUACUGUUAUUCCUUCGAGAAGGAUUCGGCAAGGAGAUCCUUUAUCACCAGCCUUGUUUAUUCUUUGUUCUCAUGCCUUGAGUUGUUUGCUUCUAAAGGCUGAAACAGAAGGAGAUAUUAAAGGUACAAGGGUACGUAAUCGUGCUCCACCGAUUACACACCUUUCAUUUGCUGAUGAUAGUCUCUUAUUUGCUGAGGGCAAGUUGGAAGAAUUAUAUGCUUUGAAGACUUGUUUAACAACUUAUUGUAAAGCUUCUAGUCAAGAGAUUAAUUUGAAGAAAUCUUGUAUGACUUUUUCACCAAAUACACAUCCUAGAAUAAAGAGAUGGUUUUCAAGGAUUAUGAAGGUUCCCUAUGGUUCUGGACCAAAAAAGUAUUUGGGACUUCCAACAGAUUUUGGUGUUUCAAAGGCAACCUUAUUCCAAGAUCUCUCCAACAAGGUGCGUCAAAAGGUAGAGGGUUGGAAGUCUAAGCUUCUAACACAUGCUGGUAACGAGGUGUUGCUAAAAUCUGUGAUUUUUUCAAUGUCAAACUAUGCAUAUGUUUUAGUUGGUGAGGCUAUUGCAGUUCGGCUGGCGAUGAUGGAGAUGAUUACAAAUGGAUUUGAGCGGACAUUUCCAGCCGCAGCAGCAACAUCAACCUUAUUCCCAAUUGCAAAACCUGGUUGCCAAGACAACUGCCGGAGCCUCUCAGUUCCAUACCCCUUUGGAAUCAUCGGCAAUAACAAUUGUUCUAGAGACACAACCUUUGAGGUAACCUGUAACGACACUUACAACCCUCCAAAACUAUUUUGGGGUAACGCAGAACUCCUAAAUAUUUCAUUACAAGGCCAAACCCGUAUGUUGGAAUAUGUUGGUGCACGUUGCUACAGCUCAAACGGCACUACUACUUCUCAAAAUAACCCUCUUUUAAAUUUGAAUGAUUCCAGUUUCACCAUCUCUGAUACAGAAAACAAAUUCACAGCUCUAGGUUGUGAUACUCAAGCAUAUAUCCAUGGCUCUGAUGGUAAACAAUUCACUAGUGGAUGUGUUAUGUCUUGUACCAACAAACAAGACUUGAUCAAUGGUUCUUGCAAUGGCAUCGGUUGUUGUCAGACUUCCAUUCCAAAGGGUUUCAGAUACUUUGAAAUAACUGCUGGAAGUCUUUACAAUCACACCAUGGUUUAUGAUUUCAAUCCUUGCAGCUAUGUUUUCGUGGUUGAUUACAACUGGUACAACUUCUCUACAUCCGAUCUCUUGAAUUUCACUAAUGAGAUUGAUGAAUCAGGUUAUUCCCGAGUCCCUAUUGUUCUUGAUUGGUCCAUAAAUUGGCCAAUGAAUCAGAGCAAUUAUAUUUAUAGUAGUUGUGAAGAAGCUAUGAAGGACAACAGUUACGCAUGCCGCGAAAAUAGCUUCUGCAAUGUCUCCAAAAAUGGUGUUGGUUACAACUGCUACUGUUCUCAGGGUUAUCAAGGAAACCCCUACCUUGGAUGCCAAGACAUAAAUGAAUGUGCGUAUCCAAAUAACAAUCCCUGUAUCUACUCUUAUUUGUGCACCAAUCUACCUGGGAGUUACAGUUGUUCUUGCCCAAAUGAUUAUCAAGGAGAUGGAAGGAUAAAUGGGAGUGGUUGCAUCCAUAAUCCAAAGCAAUACCCAGUAAUACAGGUCACCGUAGGUAUUGGAUCAGGCUUCUUAUUUCUCCUUACUGGCACUUUGUUGGUGCUUUGGGCACUUCGGAAGAGAAAGCUUAGCAAACUCAAAGAGAGAUUCUUCAAGCAAAAUGGAGGUCUAUUAUUGAAGCAACAACUAUCUUUGUAUGAAGGACGAUCCACGGAAAGUGCAAAAAUCUUUACGGCUGAAGAACUAAAGAAGGCAACUAACAAUUAUGCCGAGAACCAGAUCCUUGGUCGAGGGGGCUAUGGUACUGUAUACAAAGGAAUUCUACCCAAUAACAAAAUUGUUGCCAUUAAGAAAUCAAAAUUAGUUGAUGAAAGUCAGAUCGAGCAAUUCAUAAAUGAGGUGGUUAUUCUCUCCCAAAUUAACCAUAGAAAUGUGGUAAAGCUAUUGGGUUGUUGCUUGGAGACAGAGGUUCCUUUGUUAGUGUAUGAAUUUGUUACCAACAAUACCUUAUUCCAUCAUAUCCAUGAUGAAGAAUGCAAGUCUUCGAUUUCAUGGGAAAAUCGUUUGAGAAUAGCUACCGAGACAGCAGAGGUGCUUUCAUAUUUGCAUUCUGCAGCUUCACCACCGAUUAUUCAUAGAGAUAUUAAGUCUACUAACAUUCUCUUGGAUGAUAAUUACACUGCAAAAGUUGCAGACUUUGGAGCUUCCAGGUUGAUUCCGGCGGACAAAACUCAGUUAAGUACAUUAGUUCAAGGAACUUUGGGGUACUUGGAUCCUGAGUACUUUCAUUCAAGUCAAUUGACAGAAAAGAGUGAUGUGUAUAGCUUUGGUGUGGUCCUUGUGGAACUAUUAACUGGAAAGACAGCACUAAGUUUUGAUAGACCUGAAAAUGAGAGGAAUCUAGCAAUGCAUUUUGUUACUUCAAUGAAGGAGAAUAGUGUUUGGGAUAUUUUGGAAAAUCGAGUUUUGAAAGAGGGUAGCAAUGAGCAAAUCUAUGAAGUCAUGGAGCUUGCAAGAAGAUGCUUAGGAGUGAAGGGGGAAGAAAGGCCAACGAUGAAGGAAGUGGCAAUGGAGCUUGAGGGCUUGAGGAGGUAUAACAAACAUCCUUGGGUCUUACAAAACCCUGAAGAGGUGGAAAGCUUGUUGCAUGGUGAUCAACCAAUAUUAGACUUGGAUAGUCACAACAACACUAUUGGUUAUGAUAGUUUGAGAGGUAAAGCGAUUAUACCAUUGGCUAUUGAUGGGCGAUAA